AUGCUUGUCGGUGACAGCACCACUACAGAAGGAGUGAAUACCGAAAGUCUCGAGCGGCAGGAGUUUGCCAAUCGACUGGCUCAGCAAAACUCCGCGUUGCACAGCUUGGGUUGUUUACCAGACAGUCCGGGAGGGAAUAACAGAUUUGGGCAGACAGGGACGCUGGAAGGGCUGGAAGAGCUGAAAGAAGUCGUUGAGGAGAUUCGAAAAAGCGAGAGCGAAAAAUCGAAAUCGACCGAGAAAUCUAUCGACAGCGAAAAAAGCGAAAGCAGCGAUUUUGAAAUUCAAAAUUCCGAAAAAGCUGAAAACGAAUCGAGCAAUACUGGCUCCAUCUUCUCCGACGCCACCGAAUCGACCGAGAAAAAUGAGAAUUUGUCGGUUUCCCCUUCGAUUGAGAACGAUUCUAUCGAGUCCGAUACGCUCAAGGAAGAUAGUGAAUUGACGAAUUCGGAGAAGAAGAGUGAAAACGGAGGAAUGGAAAUGGACUCACUUCAGCCGGUGACUGUUCAAAAUGUCGACGAGUCAAUCACAGAAGCAACAGAAAUUGGAGAAGCUGCAGGAACUCAAGGGAUCGGCGUCGACUUCCUUGAGCCUUAUGUCGAAGCGAAAUCUGAUUCAGAGGCAAUCAGUCAAAAUCAGUCUCAAUUAGAAAAGGAGGACGAAGAGAAAUCUUUGAGCAUCGAUGAUCUUUUGGGCCUACAACCACAGAAAGACGAAUCAAUCUUUGAAACUCCAAAAUCAGCGUCUGUUUCUGAAAACGAAGAAAACGAUGCUUUCGAAAUCGUCAAAUCAGAAUCAACUAGGAAAUUACAAGCUUCAGAGGAGCCGCAGAAGACAGAAGCGACAAAGGCCAUCGACGAUCUCGAUGAAAAGUCUCAAUCGUUGCGUUCUUUGUCAGUUUCGAUAGCUGAUAUUCCACCGGAAGACUUUGGCAAAACUCACGAAAUCUCGCUGGCGGAUAGUUCUCUCGCCGAACUUCUCAAUUUGACUCAAGAAGCAUCAAACCAGAAGAAACUAGCUCACACAUUUGAGCCGCAGAAAAAGCCGCAAAAGGUCGAAAAGAUCGAAAAAAGAAUAGACACGAAAGAAGGAUCUAAGACAUCUAGCCACAAGAAGCCCGACUUCAGCCACGUGAAAAGCAGCGGCUACGGAAACGCUACUUACAAGCCUUCAUCCAGCCAACGGCCUCGAAUCUCGCCCCGUUUAGCCGCAAAAGUAGAAGCGGCAAAAGUCGAGAAACGAAAAAAGAGCCAGUUGCGGCUCUCGCAAUCGCAGGGCUUCGCUUCUUCGCUUCAAAAUGACAAAAGUGAAGUUGAAAGUCUGCGCGAACAAUUGGAGCAAGAAAAGAAGCGCGAGCAGGGCUGGGUUCUAUUUUUAACGAAUUUCUUUAUUCAGCGUUUUUUGUAUUUAUCCCAAACAAAAACAGUCGAGCUUUCAAACUACUAUCUGGCAGAGCAAGAACAUCUUCAGCGAGUCCAAAGAGCGAACGAAUUCAGCCAGAAGUUGUAUUUUCCAAGUGAUAAUGGCGAUCAGCAGCAACAAGAAAUUAACAAAGAAAACGAGAAGCUAUUGUCUUCCUAUCAGCUCGAGAACGAAAAAUUGUAUCUCAGAAAUAAAGAACUGGAGCUGAAAAUAACCGAGUUACGAACAAGCACAACUCAUGGCUUGUCUCAAGAAAACGACACAAUUGACCGACUUGAAAACUUACUGAAAAAAGAAGAGACUCUUCGCCGAAACACAGAAGUCGCCGCCCGAGAAGCUAAUCGACAACGAGACGAGGAGCGACGAAAAGUUGCGCAGCUCGAGGAUGAACUGCGAAUUUCUCGGAACAGCGUCGAAAGUGAAAGUUUAGUUGCUCGGAGAUUGAGAGAACAGCUCAAUUCGAAAGAAAAAGAAGUAACGGACCUGAUGAAGCAGCUCUCCGUCACUUCUUCAUCGGCAAACAACGUCUCAGAAAAGAUCGAGCAACUGAGCAUGACGAAAAAUGAUGAGAUCAAAAAGCUCACCAUCGAGUUGGGCAAGUGCAAAGCAGAGCUUGAUUUUCUGUCGAAAAAUCAGAACAAAUCAAAGUCGAAGAUGAACUCCUUUGCUUGUCAAUUCGAUAAUGAUUCCUCGAGCAGCGCUUCCAGUAUUCUGGACGAGAAGAAAAUUCGGCAGCUCAAAGAUGAAGCGGGCACCCUGAAGCGAGAGAAGCGCGAUUUAUACAGUCAACUGCACGAACUCCGCGAAAAAGCCGGUCGAUUGGACAUAGCAGUAGAAAGCCACGAGUUCGAAAUGGAAAAGCUGACUCAAGAAAACGCUAGAAUCCGGUUGAUUGCAGAGCGCGUUCCGCUGCUAGAAUCAAAGCUUGCUCGAGCGGAAGAAAAUUGUCAAAAUUCGGUGGAACUUGAAAACCGACUUCAAGCGUCAAUCGAAGAUAGAAACGUGUUUGAGGAGCGAUACUUGAAGAGCGUCGAAUCGGUGAAACAAGCGCAAGCUGAAAUUGAUGCCCGACAGCAGCUGGUUGUGGAUAUGCAUAAACAGUGCCAGAAUUUCCAGCGAGCGGCGAAUAAUAUUCUGAAAGAAAGAACAGCUGCGCAAGUGGAGUUGGAGAACAUGCGAAUAGAACUAGAGCUCGUCCGUCAAAAUAGCUUACCAGAAAACUUGUCACAUUUCGCAAAAAAACUGUCAGAAAUGGAAGCUGCAAACGCGCAGAAAGAAGUGCGCUUGAGAAAAAUCAUGCAAGGCGAGGAUUCGCCAUUAAUGCGAAAAGAAGCGAUGGUCGACCAAACAGACACGAUCAUCAAUCUCAAGACGACGCUCAAUGCGAAAAACAACCAGUUCAACAAGUAA